AUGUUCCAAAGCCGUAGACGUGUGCCUUCAGAAGGAGCGCUCCGGGUCCUGCGCCAGCUCGCAUACAUCUCGUCGGGUACCGCAUGCGGCGCCGCCGCCCUCAUAGCAGAAGAACGCCGCCGCCAGACGAACCUCGUGUCCAAGAUCGCUGAGAACUCGCGCCGCCUGAAGCAACAUCCACGCUACCAGCACACCCGCGCCGCCCACCGCAGACCCGCCGAAGACGAUGCCCAAUCGCCCGUUGCCGCCCCGGCUCCCGAUGAGGACCCAUUGCCAGACGAUAAACUGGUUCCGCAGGCAGACACGUUCCGGAACAGUUUCUUGCCCUCCGAGGUCGAGAGAGGCUACGCGAAACUCGACUCACACCAGCCGCCCAAAUACAAAAAGAGUCUACCAAAACUCGAUCCGCAUCGGCCGCCCAAGCACAAAAAGAGUCAACCCGAACCCGCUCACGCCCACGCCAGCUCUCGUGCAUCUUCCAAUUUUUGGACCAAGCAAGACGCUGUCCGUAGAUACGAUCUGUCCUUGUUGACCACAGCUCUCGAAUCCCAUGCUUCUCUGAAAGCAGUGGACAGUGCAGUGGCCGAUUUGAACAAGCGCUGUUCUAAACUCAUUGACCAACAACAACUAAAGGCAGCAGAUCGCCUUCUCAAAUCAGCAAUCGACCUUUUGAGGUCUAAAGACACGAGCUCACUUGCACUACGUCCUGUCGGCUCUCGUCUGUUUGAUGCCUACCUAUCCGACCAACAAGUCGAGAGAUGCCGUAAGCUGCUGGGCCUUAUGCACAGGGCAGGAUGGCCCAUCGCACACCCGUUAAACAGGCUUGCACUUGUCUGCGUCGAGCCUGUUCGCCCAAAAGAGUUGCAGUUCUUGGACCAGACAUUCGGCGACGAGUUCGCUUUGCCUCCAACCAUCUACCCUUCUUUGUUAGCAGCAUACUCGACACACAAUUCCGAACUUUGCGCCCUGCUAUUCGCGAAACGUAUACCCGCCGACGAUCGUCGUUCAGUACUACCUCUUUGCGAACCUGCCUGGCCUGCUAUCAUCCAUCACAUGUGGACAGUCACUCACAAUUAUACCCUUGUCGACUCGCUUUUCAUGAACAUGUGCAAAAUGACAGAUCAUCCACCUUUGGCUCUAUACAAUGCCAUGAUCAAAGUCUGUAUCCAGUUUGGCAGAACCGAUCGAGCUCACCAUCAUCUACAUACCAUCCAACAGAGUCAACAACUCCAACCGGAUGUCGUUACCUUUGGUCACUUUGUCUUCAAGACUUCUUCGGAUGCUGAUUGGCCAUCUAUAGACGAGUUGAUGACCAUGCUGGUCCGAGCGGGAGAGACAGAUGCGCCUCCAGAGAAACGUACUGAUCUGUUCAUUCCUGUCUUGAAAGCAUACGCCAAGCGUCAUCGUCCGGAACAAGUCUGGGCUUUUGCCUUCAAAGCGAUCGAUGAAUAUGGUGUCCUUCCAGAUUCACGCAUCCUGAGCACUGGUCUCGAGAACCUUGUCAGAACUAGCCGCUUGGGUUUGUUACCCGCAUGGAUCAACAAGAUGGGAAUCUAUGACCAAGGUGCACAGGUUACUCCAGAAGUGGUCUUGACCAUGGUGCAGCAUUUCUACUUCAAUAACAGACCCUCCCAUACCAUCAUGGUAUGGCUCUGCCGUCGUUUGAUGAACGAGGUACCAGAGUACUGGUCUCCCGGUGUCCUCACUUUGUUGUGCGAGGCCGUAGCAUAUGACCUUCGAGGAUACCGAGCAGGUCAAGCCCAUAGGAUACCGCAUGCAAUGCGCAUGCUUGAUAUGCUGCAGGAAGUCAAUCCGGAGUCGCCGAGCUUGCCAAAGCCUCUCUAUUGGAAUCAGCUACAGGGACUCACGGACCAAGAUCAACACCAAGCAUCUGCGCCGCUCUCGGACUCAAGUUCGCAACAGGUCGUCAAGGAUGGCGUGCAGGUGGAAGACGAUUCAGAGCAUAUGGACGAUGUUGUGCUGUCAGAGGAUGGUUUAUCCCUUGACCAACUUCCUGAGGUUGUACUAACCACCGCUAUGUUGAAGAAGUCGUUACAGGAGCACGAGAUGCUCAUGGCUUUGUCGAAAGGAAACUAUACCGACCUUCUAGAUUCGUACGAGAGCAGCCUUGGGCAAAGCGGUCUGCCUGCCUCGUCAUACUCUUUGGAAAUGGCCAUACAAGCUCGUGCAAAGUUAUCAGAUGAUGCUGGAGCGCUCGGCGACUAUAUCAAUACAGCAAGCGAGGCCGGUAUGGAUACAACAGCGGCGUUGGUGCCGUUGCUGAACUACCAAGUCAAAAACUCUGUGAUCGGCUCGCGGACGCACGUUGAUGAGCUCUGCGAAACCGUGCGGUCUUUCUACGAAGAAAUGGUCAAGAACAGUGUCACUGUCAGACACCAUCUAGCCACAGCAGCGGCAACGGUUCUGCUCAAGAACAACAAGGCCAACGACGCCAUACAGCUGCUAUCGCAGAUAUAUCACUCCAAAUGGGCUCACAAGGUACCUUUUGAUCUGCCAGCCAUGACUGUGCUCUUGCAAGCAUACACCCACGUAUCUCACAGUUUGGGCAUUGAGUGGGUCAUCAAAGAAGUGCUGGACAAAGACUAUCGCAUCGACUAUAGUUUCCUAGCCGUGAUCCGAAAAGCGAAAAAGACAGCAGAGAAACGCUCAUUGGCCGGAGGUGUCAAAGGUACAAAUAAUCUCAAGCUGUCAAAGAUGCUAGAGUACUACACAGACGUCUGCAAGUCAAAGCAACAGACACAGAUCAAACGAGCCUCGCGUCUGGGCAACCGGCUUGUUGCUACCUUGAUCAAGAUUGCUAGACCUGAGUCAACAGACGCACCAUGGCAGCGACAAGCAGAACGUGACGGUAUUGAUCCUGCGAUGUGGUCACGACGUGGGACCUCAUGGCGAGUCAUUUACCGUAAGAAGAUUCAACGACGAGGAUGGAGACGCCCAUCAGCUGUCGCAUAA